ACUCAAAAAGUAAACAAAGCCGUGACAACUGGUUGCAAUUCAUUUAGUUUAAGCUCCGCUCAAACCAGAAACAGUCCUCUAAUUUUAAGAAAAAAUAUUCAUCAAACUUAUUAUUAUGAGCUUGAAACUAGCCGUUUGCACUAUUCUGGCUCUGCAUGUGGCCACGUCUUUGGCUGGUGUACUGAAACUGACCAAAACCAGCUUGAAUGAAGAUGACCCGUGUCCGCACUACUCUCCGAUGGGUAACUUCAACUUGAGUGCGUUCCUGGGAGUCUGGCAUGAGAUCGAGAGAUACCCCAAUGACAUUGAGAAGCAGGACUACUGUGUCGUCACCCAAUACCACAUCAUUGGGCCUGAUGUCUUAGGCACCCGCCUAAGUGUGAACAUGACCUUCACCAGAGACGGACAGCCUCUGGCGGGGGAGCUGAUCGGCACUUACCUCAAUGGGGACACCACUGCUGAAUUCGUGAUUGAGCCCGCCCUGAACCCGAACAUAGUGUUCAUCGAUACCGACUACACAAGUUAUGCCCUGCAGUAUAGCUGCGAGAACAAAGAGUCAAAGGGAAAAGUGGAGAGCGCCUUCAUAUUCUCGAGGACCGAAACCCUUCCUGCAGACACGAUCACUCAACUGAAGCAACAAUUCACCGCAUUGGGAUCGGAUAUCUCUCAGUUCGAGGAGCCAGAACACAUUAACUGCCCAGUACCCACGGCAAAAUAAACUCAAUAACUUAUUAUUAAUAGUUAGAUAUUUACUCGAUAGUUUCAUGACAUCUAUUUAAUUCUGAUCAGAGAUUGUUAAUUGUCAUCCAAGA